AUGACAAGCGUGGAACGUCGCUGCGGGCACCCAGCAGUGCCGCCAAACGCCCGCGUGUCGUUGCCUAGCGACACAAUCAUCACACCAGGCACCAUCGCCACAUACGAAUGUGACGAUGGCUACGAGUUAUUCGGAGCACGACAGAGAGAGUGCACGCUAAGGGGCGACUGGACCGCUGAGCCGCCAUUUUGUGGCACGAACGUGGCAUUCAGGAAGCCAGCCAACCAAUCAACGACGGUCCGCGGCGGCGGCGCAGCCAAUGGGAACGACGGAGAAAAGACCACCGAACACGACGGGAAACGGUGCACCGAGACGCAGAGGGAAGCCAGUCCUUGGUGGCAGGUGGACCUGCUUAGGCAUUAUGCUGUCAAAGUCGUCAGGGUUACCACGAGAGGGUGCUGUGGUCACCAACCGCUGCAAGACUUGGAGAUCAGAGUGGGCAACAGCAGCUCGGACCUGCAAAGGAACCCUCUGUGCGCCUGGUUCCCUGGUACUAUUGAUGAAGGCGUAACGAAGACGUUUACCUGCGCCCGUCCCCUGGUGGGACAGCAUGUGUUUCUACAACUGGUGGGAGUGGAAGGGUCACUGUCCCUGUGCGAAGUGGAAGUCUUCACUACUGAGGAAUUCUCGAACGACCGCUGCGCACCCGUGGGCCUGCCUGACGACGUGGAGCUAGCCGCGUUCUCUCGCAACUGCUACGAAUUCAACGUUGCGCGGGGCGGCAGCUUCGACGAUGCGAGGAGACAGUGCCAGACGCACGGCGGGGAUCUCAUACACGGGUUCCAGGGAGCGACAUCCAGUUUCCUUAUCCAAGAGUUGGAGCGCCGCAAGGCACAGCUGAAGACCCAGCUAGUGUGGAUCGGGGCUCAGAAGGACCCUGGACUCACGGCCAGAACGUGGAAGUGGGUGGACGGCGAGCUGGUCUCCAAGCCAGCCUGGGGCAAGGACCAGCCGAACAACUACAAUGGGGAGCAGAACUGCGUAGUCCUGGACGGCGGUCGCGCGUGGCUCUGGAACGACGUGGGGUGUAACCUGGACUACUUGCACUGGAUCUGCCAGUACAUGCCGCCAACUUGCGGCAGUCCGGACAAACUGCUAAACACCACGAUAGAGGGAGACAGCUAUAAGGUCGGCGCUUCCAUCGCAUACCGUUGCCCAGUGGGGCACAUGCUGGUAGGAGACAAGACUAGAGAGUGCAAGAAGGACGGGUUCUGGUCGGGAGCGGCGCCGAACUGUAAAUACGUGAACUGCGGCGGGCUCCCCUCAAUCCAAGACGGUGAAGUGUCGCUCACCGACGGUCGCACGACGCACGGCGCGCGCGCCACCUACUCCUGCCGCGAGAACCACACUCUCGUGGGCGACGUGGAAAGGGUGUGCGGCGAAGAAGGGCUCUGGACCGGCGCGGCGCCUAAAUGUCUGUUCGACUGGUGCCCGGAACCGCCGCCGGUGGCCGGCGCUGUGGUGACCGUCGGGGGGCACAAGGCGGGCUCCCUCGCUACCUACAGUUGUCAGAACGGAUUCAUACUGUUUGGGCAGCCGAGCGUGACGUGCACCCUCGGCGGUUCAUGGUCAGGCACCCCACCGUCCUGCAAGUACGUGGACUGCGGAACCCCCGCGCAGAUCCACGCCGGCUCCUUCCGACUACUCAACGGUACCACCACCUACGGAUCCGUGGCGGCUUUUACCUGCGAGCCGGAUUACUGGCUGCAGGGCGCGGACACACUGCAGUGCAACCGCGAUGGGAAGUGGAGCCACGACAUCCCCGCAUGCGAACUGAUAACUUGCGCGGACCCCGAGGUCCCAGCGGGCGGUUACAUGGAGGCCUACGAUUAUAACGUUCACUCCACCAUCGACUUCCACUGCGAAGCUGGCCAUCUACUAGUCGGCGAGAGGAGCCUGGUCUGUCAGCAAGACGGGGAAUGGUCGGGCGAGUCACCGAAAUGUGAAUACAUAGACUGCGGAAAACUGCCUCCAUUGCCGUACGGAGCGGCUGAGCUUCUGAACGGAACGACCCAUCUCGGCAGCGUCAUACAGUACUCGUGCACUACGAACUACCGCCUCGCGGGGCCUGUUCGACGCGAAUGCGGGCCCGACAGACAGUGGAGCGACUCGUCGCCUCGGUGUGAAGAAAUCCGCUGCCCAGAGCCUAUAGUGGCCGAGAACAGUAUAGUGUCUGUGACCGGCAACGAUCGCAUGCACGGCCGCACCAUGAUUCGAACCUCGACCUCCGUAAGCGCGGGCAACGGCAACACCUACCGCAUCGGCGCGCUGGUCAAAUACCGCUGUGAAAGAGGAUACAAGGUUGUCGGAGAAAGCCUGUCCACAUGUGAGGAUAGUGGCCAGUGGAGUGGAUCCACUCCAAGGUGCCAAUAUGUUGACUGCGGUAACCCCGGUCGUCUGGAGAACGGCAAGGUGACUCUCGCCACCAACGCGACUUACUACGGCGCUACGGCCCUGUACGAAUGUGAUGAGCACUGGCAACUGGACGGUGUCUCACGGAGGCUGUGCCAGGACAAUGGGACUUGGAGCUCUGAGGCUCCUGUCUGCAAAGAAAUAACUUGCCCAGACCCCACCGACCAAAUCAAGGGUGGCGUCGGUCUCCACGUGGAGACGUGGACCCGCAGCAUCGGCGGCGAGGCCCACUACCGCUGCGAACGAGGAUACCGGCUCAAGGGGAAUCAGAGUAGGACCUGUCUGCCUAAAGGAGCCUGGAGCGGGACGCCACCAUCUUGCGCACCCAUCGACUGCCACUCGCCCGGCUCGAUCGACAACGGCCGCGUAAUCAUAGCGAACGGUUCGACCCUAUUCAGCAGCUCCAUAGAGUACCACUGUCUCCCGCAGUUCCAGCGCGUCGGGCCCUUCCUCCGCAAGUGCCUGGACGACGGCCAUUGGUCGGGCGACGAGCCUAGCUGCGAGAUAGCCAAUAACGAGGCGGCAGAGAACAGCACGCUGCCGCUUCGCGUCGGGAUUGGCUGCGGCGUUGUGCUGUUCUUGCUGGUGCUGCUGGGAGCUAUUUAUUUGAUACUCCGUAAAUCGACACCAGUAAAAAACACGGAGAACAUAGAAGGCGCCGAACGCAAAGAGGACCAGAACGCAGCAGUAAUGAGCUACGCCACACUGCACGACUCCAACGGCCGGAACAUCUACGACCACGUGACGGACAACGUGUAUGACUCGCCUUACAGCGACCACCUCGCCGACAACACGGCGUACGGCCGACGAAGCGACACCGACUCGGCGUACGAACCCGAGCCGACCGGGCCGAACGCUGUCGUCACUAUCAACGGCGUCGCGGUGCGUUAGAGACGUGCUUAGAGUUGUGGUUUAAAUUUAUUUUAAUUUAGAUGUGACGAACAGUUUUCUUAGAAAACUCUUGGAAAUUCAAUAGUGUUUAAAAAAAAGGACAGUUUAUGAAACAUUUGAAUACCUUUCCAUUUCGAAAUUCAGAGUGUUUAAAUGCUUUCUGACAACGUUUGCGAGUCGCUUUACAACAGCGACCACCUCGCCGAUAACGCGGUAUACCUAUUAUAAUAUAUUAAGCCCGUAUAAAGCAUAUGAAUAACUGGGAACUUUUUCCAUUUCGAAAUUCCGAGAGUUUUAAAACUUAACUGCACAUCUUUAAUCAUGAGCCAAUUCUUAAACAACCAAAUAUCAAAUGGAAUGUUGAUUUACUGCCGAGCUUAGAAUUGGACUCUAAAUAUAAGCCAUACUGAUGUAAUGAUUAGUUACUUAGCGUUUUUCACUUUAAAAACUAGUGUCAAGAACGUUGAAAUAUCAUCAGUGUAUAUUUCUAGAUGUAGGUAUCUAGUUUUACUAUGUGUUAAAGAAAGUUGUUAUGUGCUAUACUUUCACGAAUUUAGGUAACCAAAUAGCCAUUAAAUCGCUUGGUUUUGACUCGUUUUUGUGUCAUAAUUCGUAGUCGCUUUUUAUUUAAGAAUAAGUGUAUUUGCAAAUUGGUUGAUAUUGUUUUUGUUUAAUGUGAGCAUGUCGAGUGAUAGCUUCAUUUACAAUUUUUAUAUUUUUUUACGUUCAUAAUAUAAAAUCAAAUGUAAUGGUUACCAUUUUCUGUAGACGUGGUUUACACCGAUGUUGAUUGUAGUUUGUAAUAAUUUUACCCGGCUGCUUUAUGUAAAAAGUUAACGCUUCUUCAAAUAAUACCUUCAUAAUAAUUAUUAUUUUUAUUUACAUGCUGUAUAUAAAGAAGAGUUCGAGACCACCAUACUACAUAUAAUAAUUCACGAGAAUAUAAUGAAAAUAAUAAUUACCUCUAGAAAUGGUAAUCGCCCAUCAGAGAUGGACUGUGUAGAGUAGGUACCUACAGUGAGCUGCGCAAUUACAUGAAGAGAUUAUGAAUGAAUUCAUUGUUAAAUUCGUCAUGCACUUUUGCAGGUCACUGUACGAAACUAUUUUAGGUAUCUAUUCAGUUUGUUUGACCAUGGAACAAUAUUCUCUUCUGAUAAUAAUUAGUUUUGUAUUAUAUAAAUGCAGCAGUCGGUUGUGUAAAUAGCCUAUAAUAUUAAAAAGCGCGAGCGUAGCGAAGGCGGAGUGAUCACCAACCCUUACUAGGUACGAACCAAAGAUGUAAAAGUGUUGGAUUUUAUCAAUUAUUCAUGUUUAUAAUUAGUUUUAAAUAUAUAUCGUAAAUUGCAUUUUAAUUCAUUAUAUUAAGCUACUAAAAUGGAGAUAAUACUAUCAGUGAACAAAAUGCAUGCUUACUAAAACGUUAGAUAGGUCGGAUAUCUAAAUUUGCAUUAUUUCCUAUUAAUUACAUAGCCAAAAUACAUAUUUAAUUUAGGCCUUCUUAGUAGUAAGUAAAGUUAUUUUACUGUAAGGACCAUAAAGCAUAAUAGUAGAAUAAUUAUUCCUUUUAUACUUUUAAGUCGAAUCUUUUUUUUUUUUAACUUAAGUUGUAUCUUCAGAAUCUUAUCUUGUGGAACAUUUUCUUUUCUUUAACAACAUACUUUCAGCUCACAUUUUCGUAUCGUUAGUUUUAUGUGACCCGAAAGUAUUAACAGAACAUUUUUAUUAUUUAGUAUGUAAGUGGUAACGUACCUUAUAGACGGAGGUUUUAGACAAAAUUUAGUUUGAUAAGGUAUUAUACUUUAGUUUAGUUACAACUUAGCAAAUGGUAACUAAAUUUUCUACCUAUUGUAUUCGUCUAUUAUCAAAAUUAGAAUCUUUAUGAUUUUCCGAAACGAUUUCUCAUAAUUUAUUUGUGAUCCUAAUUAUAUGUAUAAUUAUAUACCUAGUAGAAAGAAUCUUUAGUAUCUGGUGUGAUAUUUUAAAUUCAGUCCCGUCGAAUUGCUAGUAGAUAUCGUAGGAGGAUAUAGUUAUUUAUUUUGUUUUCUAUAAAAAGCUAGGAAUUUAUAAAUAUUUAUAAUGGUGAUGCCUGAAUAAUAUCUCUAUUUUCUUCUUUUUAACAACGUACCUACUUAGUACAGACUUACAUACCUAGUUUUGGCCUUGUUACAAUGUUCCUUAAAAAUUGGUUUUCUAAUUAGAUAUAAAAAUUAUUUUAGGCCGAUAGUCCACUAUCAUAUGCUUAUCAUAGAAAUAUGACCAUAGGCAACAUGCCGUCCUUUUUCUUCACGUUGGAGAAAAAGGGAGGCAUACAGGCCUAUGAUCAUAUUUCUAUGAUAAACAUAUGAUAAUUCAAUUCAAAAUAUCUUUAUUCAUGUAGGCCUAAUUACAAGCUCUUAUGAAUAGUUCAUUACAUAUAUAUUAUGAUCUUAAUCUAACUUAAUUAUAUAGAGAAUACCUACUUUAAGUACACUAUCGGCCUUAAAGUAAUUAUUCUGUAGCACGAACAUCUUUACAAACCAAAUUGUCUAAUACAGUGAAACCUAGAUAAUUUAGACAUCUCUGUAGCUUCCCCCGGUGGGGAACCAAAUUUACCUCUGUUAUGGAGGGUUAACCCUCCACUUUUGUUGGUGCAAGUGGCCCUUAAAGAGGCAAACCAGACCUCUGUAAUUGAAAUUAGCAGUUUCGAUUUUUAUGGCAUUGUAAAAAAAUUUUAGGUCCUCUCUAUCGUAGUUUAAAUCAUGUAUGUAUGUCAGUGAAUUGCGAAAUCAAUAAUAUAGAUAUCUAAGCAAUAAUAAUAAUAAAAUAUAUUUAUUUAAUACGUAUUGCAGCGGCACAUUUGAACAUAAAAUGGAUCAUAUACACAGGCCUAUUCUAUAACGUAAAUCCCCAUGUAGGUAUAUAUUCAUUCACAAAGAAAUAAACUAGUACUGAGAAUGAUCCAAUGAUUAUUGAAUAUCUCUGUUUAUAUCUAUUUGUUCACAAAAAGUUCAGUUUCUAAAAAAUGUAAGCGCCAUCAAUAUGAAAACUACAGUCUCUACAGGCUAGAAAAAAGAAUAGGGGCGCCGCCACCGUGUAUGCAAGCCGUUUUGCAUGAGGCAGCUAUUGAGACACUUUCGUAUGAGAACAGAUGUUAACCCGUGGUUAACCCACCAUUUUAUAUGGAAUUUUACAGUUGACAGCCCACUAACCUUGAGUUAAGCGGGUGGUGCAAGUGGCCCUAAGUGUUGCUUGAUAAUAAAAACAUAGUACCGUUUCUACUCUUUUUUUGUCAAGCUGUAGGUACAGUCAACCAAUUAGAAUCCUAGGCCACUCUAGAACCCUGUCGUAUUAACACCGUGCAUUAUUGGCCAUAGAAGUCACUUUUGACGUUGACUGUGAAAAGGUUCUACAGUGGCCUAAGAUUCAAAUUGGUUGACUGUACAUAAUAUGGAUAAAGGCUAACCAGCACUGUCAGGACCUUUUAAUAAAAUGUAUCUUUAUAUUUCCUUUCCAAUUAGUGUUCAUUAGUAAUAAAUUGUAUAAAGCAUGCCUAAACAUUGUUAAUAUUUAUAGGAUAAUCGAAAUUAUGCAUAGAUGGAUUUGUUGAAUAUAUGUCUUCGAUGUGA